CCUUUCCUGGGAUAUGCCUCGCGCUGUGCUGUGAUUUGAGUCUGAAAAGUUCUUGGGUCAGGGAGAAACCUUUACAAAUUAUUGCAUGGAAACAUUUUGGAAUUGCACAGAACUGCAAGAAAUGCUUUUUUAAAUAAGGAAAUGGCUUUAUGAUGCAUGUUUGAAAUUGAUAUCUAGUUAUGAAUUUGCAAGCCUCAAUAAGUUGUUCAUGAUUUCUGUUGGAUUGUCGUCCUGUAUAUGACCGACCGAUGGUAGAAUAAGGAAGCAACUAGUUACAUUCACGACGAAGUUUUGGAUCAACAGUCCUUAAAAUGAAUUCUCAAGGGGAAGAAAGAGAGCAGUCUCCUGGACUUGAGGCGGUGAUUCAGAAGCUAGAGGAUUCCCUGUUGGACGUCAGUGCAGAGGAGAUGGCACUCACCAUACGGGGGGAGGAGCAGGGUUCUACUGCUGCACCAGUCCCUGCGCGCAUCCGGCAGAUUGUCACCAGAAACCUGAGUGAAUCUCCCGCAGCAUCCAGCAUGAGUUGUGCUGGAAUUUCAGUGCAGGAGGAGAACCGGGUCCUGAAAGAUUUGCUGUCCCAGACUCGAGCAGACCGCGACCAGCUACUUGUCAAGCAGGUGUCCCUUACAGACAGGCUGGAGCAGAUGCUGGUUCUGCAGUCAGGAGAUUCGGAUCAGGAGAGUGUGAGUGCAGAGCGCAGGCUUCGGGAGGAGGCUCGCUCCUACCGCCUCAAACUGCAGAGCUACCAGGAGAGCCAGCAGAGACAAGCUCAGCUGGUGCAGAAACUACAGGCAAAGGUGCUGCAGUAUAAGAUGCGGUGUGGGGAGUUGGAGGAGCAGGUGUUGCAAAAGACCUCCGACUCGGAGAAACUCCGCCUGUCACUCCAGACCCAUCUGGACUCGUCUUCCCAGCGGCUCCAGCGGGCAGAGCAGGAGAACGGCCGGGACCUCCAGAGCAAGCAGGCCCUGCUGGAGGAAGAACAGAAAAGGUGCUCGGGCCUGAGCCAGGUGAACGCGCUGCUCCGCCAGCAGCUGGAGCAGGCGGCCGCGGCCAAUCAGGGCCUGAGCGAGAGCCUGCGGCGCGCCCGCCAGGACGCCGAGCAGAAGGACACGCGACUGCGCAAGGAGCAAGAGAUGAGUGCCUCCAGACUGGGCCGUGAGCAGGCGCGUGUGCGGGCGCUGUGGCGCCAGGCCGCCUCCCUGCGCAGCACCUUCACUCAGCUCAGGGCCUUCGCUGACAGGAACCUCACUGACAUGCGGGCGGAGUGUGUAAGCACUGGCCGCCAGCUGCGUGCCGCCUGCCUGAACCUGGAGGUGAGUGUGAGUCAGCAGUGCGCCCCCGCUGGUGUGGAGGUGUCAGUGCUGGAGAGGCAGCUUCGGGAGAGACUGCGGGAGGCCAUGCAGCUCCAGGCGCGCUGGGAUGCCGAGAAGGUGGAGCUCAACUCCAGGAUCCUGGAGCUGACAGACAUGGUGAAGCAUCUGAGGGGGCAGAACAGUGAGAAGGAGUCUAGCCUGGCCGCCAUGCAGGCUAGUCUGGACAGAAUGGAGUUGAGUCGGGCUGAGGAGUGUGAGGAGAGGGGCUGUCUGCAGACGCAGAUCCAGGCCCUUCAGCACAUCCUGCACAGCAUCAGCCAGGUGGCUCGUGGGGAUGGUGAUGGCGCCAUGUUGGAGGGCACUAAUCAGGGAGCAGACGCCCGCUCUCUCCCCCCCUCUCCGCUGCGGGGCGUCUCUCCCCAGAGGGACAGCACACUGCUGGCGGUCCAGAGGGCCCUGACACAACGACAGACUCAAGUCCAGGACCUCCGUGGGCGUCUGGAGGCGGCGCUGGAGCAGGUGGGCACCCUGAGGGCACAGCAGCAGGAGGGGGAGCUGGAACGCCGGGAGCUGGACCUGAGGGGCCAGGAGCUGCUGCAGGAGAGCCUGCAGACGGACCGGACCCUGGAGGAGAGCCGCCGGGACGCCCAGAGGUAUCGCAGCUCGCUGGACAUCAUCAGCAGUGAGAAGGCGACUCUGGAGCAGCAGGUUUCAGGGCUGCGGGAGCAGCUGGACUCCCAGCGGGCCGAGCUGGAGGCGGGGUGCAUGUUGGCGCUGGACACGCAGAGACAGCGGGAUCUGCUUAGGCAGCAGAGGGAGGACCUGGAGAGGCAGCUGACCUAUCAGCGCGCCGAGGCAGAGAGAGGCCAGAGGCUUGCGGAGCAGCUGGAGGCGAGACACUCGGAGCUGCGUAAGGAGCUGGUGUGCCUGAAGGAGGCGCUGUGCCAGCUCACCCUGCACAAGGAGGUGCUGGAAGACGAGAAGGCCAGUCUGGCCCAGGCUAUCACGAAGUUGGAAGCUCAGAAUGCUGAACAGGAAGUAGCCAUCACCAGACUGCAGAGUGAGGAGGCAGGGCUCCGGGACGCCCUGGCCAAGAUGGCCGCCCUGAGUGAAGGACUGGCCAAAGACAAAGUGGAGCUCAAUCGCAUCCUACUACGGAUGGAAGCGGAGAAGGCAUCACUGGACGAGCGUCGACGGGAGGCGGCGCUUGAGCGGGCGUCGGCUCGAGAGGAGACGGGGCGUCUGCACCAAGAGCUCCAGGACACGGAUGUGGAGCGGCGGGCCCUGGAGGCCUCCGAGAGCCAGCUGCAGGAGGCCAGAGUCAGCCUGGAGGCCCAGCUCAGCCUGCUACUCAAGGAGAAGACACAGGCCCAGGAGCUGCAUGCCCAGGUGAGUGCUCAGCGGCAGGCCCUGUCCGAGCGGCUGUGUGCGGUCCAGAGGGAGCUGGAGGCCCAGAGAGGGGCCGUGGAGCGGGCGGGGCGCGAGAGAGACGAGCUGGCCAAAGACAAGGCCAGCCUGGGGGUCCAGCUCAGCACUGCACAGCGCAAAGGCUCUGGCCUCGCCCAGGAGCUGGCAGCCCUCAGGGCUGAGAAGGAGGCUCUGGAGACGGCUCUGUUUGAGGGGCAGGAGUUGGCCUCUGCUCUGGAUGGUGACUGCAGUCGACUGGAGGGAGAGAGGCGCAGUCUGGUGUUGGCCAAUGAGGCCCUGACACGUGAGGUGGCUCGGCAGCAGGUGGAUGCAGAGCAGCAGGCCCUCAGGGCUCUCCAGGAGAGACAGGCUCUUGAGGGGAGGCUGGCCCAGGCAGAGAGGAAUGCUCAGCUCUCUCUCAGCAACACCCAGAGCAGCUACCAGCAACAGCUGGAUGCAGAGCGCAGGGAGAAGGCAUGGCCCCUGUCAUUUAUCUCUCUGUCUGUCUGCAUGUCUGUCUGGAUGACUGAUUGGCUGUCUUUGAAUAUAACUGUUUAUCCUUCCCUGUCUGUUUGCCAUUUUCAAUCUUCCUGUCUGUUGCCUUGCUGUUUUGUCUCGUUACCGUCUAGCUCACUCCUGCAGGAGCAGCUGUGUGCAGAGCUGACUGCACAGAAGGAGCAGCUGGAGGAGUGUCUGCGCGCUGAAAUUGAGGAGGUGCGACUGCGCAGUCAGAAUGAGCACCUACAGCUGCGUGAGCAGAUGGCCCAACUGCAGCAGGACUGCAAUGAUCGCUUAUUGCAGGCAGAGAACCUCAAGCAGCAGGCCUUGUCUCAGCUGGAGGGAGAGCGAGCUGUUCUGGCUGAGAAAGUGCUCUCACUGCAGCAGGACAUGGAAUCCGCUGCCAUGGAGACCGAACGCAUGCGGAGGGACUUCCUCAGCCGUCAGGAACAGGAUAAGGAUGCUGUUGAGGGGCUGCAGGCGGAGCUGGAGGUCCUGCGCCGGAGGUUCGAGGAGGCGCUGAGCUCCCGCGAGGCCACAGAGAGGAGUCUAGGGGAGCAGCUGAGGGAGCUGAACCAGCACAGAGAGGAGGCGCAGCAAGAGUUGUCUGUGUUGAGGUGCUCUCUGCAGGAGGCGGAGGAGUCCCGGGACGCAGGGCGGAGGGAUCUGAUCGAGGCUCACCGACAGCUCCGUGAUUGCGCUGCAGAGAGGGACGCCCAGCGGAAGGAGGCCCUGGAGCUAAGAAGGGCGCUGGGGGAUGCCGGCCGUGAGAAGGAGGCCAUCCACAACUCCAACCAGGAGCUGCGUGCCACGGUGAAGAGGACAGAGAACGACAUAAACAGUCUGAAGCGGGCACUGGAGGAGAAGGAGCAGAGGCUGGCCGUGCUGGAGGAGUGCAAGUCCUCCAACCAGCAGGAGGCGAGCAAGCUGAGGGCCAAGCUGCGCGAGCUGGAGCGCUCCCGUCUGCAGGGACGCCGCGAGCUGCAGGAGCUGCGCAGACAGGUGAAGGCUCUGGAGGGCGAGGUGUCCAGUCGGAGCCAGGAGCUGGGGGAGCUGCAGGCCCGCGUGGCCCAGGAGGAGCAGCGGGAGGAGGAGGCGCGGAGGGAGGCCUUCACCCUCAGACAGAGGCUGCUGGAGAGCGAGGCCGGCAGAGAGGCAGCAAUCAAGGAGUCAUCGGCGCUGCAGCGGCGCAUGGCCAAGAUGGAGGAGGCGGAGGUGGCCGCGAUAGAGGCGCAGCGGCAGCGAGACACCGCCCUGCAGGAGAGCCAGCAGCGGUGGCGCGAGGAGACGGCCCGGUUGGAGGAGGCCCUGCGGGAGGCGCAGGCCCAGGGUCGGGAGCAGGGUCUGAGGGCCAGCCUGUCAGAGGGGCAGGCCGGGGGCCUGGAGGAGCAGCUGGCCCAGGGGGAGGCCACGCGCCGCGGGCUGGAGCACAGGCUGGACGGCCUGGAGUCGGCCCUGAGGAGGACGCUGGGGAUCGGACGCAGGGGCAGGUCGCCUACCCCAGGGGCGAGAGGACGGAGCCCCUCACCCUGGAGGACCCGCUCUCCUGUGAAAGGUGGUGAGAGUGGGACAGAGGGACUGCCACACAGUGGGUCCCCAGGCUGUUCCCUGUCCCCUGCCCGUGGGGGAGACGGGGAGAUGGACCUGGACACCCUGCACAUGGCCCUGCGCAGUUUCCAGACGGAGCUCAGGGACACGCAGAGAGACCGGGAUGAGGCCUAUGCACAGGUGUUAAGUUUGACCCGACAGGUGAGUGAGCUCCAGGCAGCUCAGGACAAAGCCACCGGAAGACUGCAGCAGCUCCAGAAGAGCCUGAGAGAGGCAGAACAGGGGAAGCGUGAAGUGACAGAGAAGCUGGAGGGUGUGCAGACAUCGCUGGCUCUCCAGGAGGAAGUGACCCGGCGGGGGGAGAGAGAGAGGAGGAGCCUGGGGGAGGAGGUGGCCAUGCUGAGGAGCAGCCUGCAGACGGCCGAGGUCGAGACCAGGAGACUACAGGAGAAGCUGGAGCGCAGUGAGACAGCCGAGUCCCACGGGGAGGCAGAGCGCCGGCAGCUGAAGGAGGCGUGUGAGCGGGCGGAGGCGCGGGCCGCCCGGCUGGAGCUGUCCCAGCGCUCCCUGGAGGGGGAGGUGCAGCGGGGAGGCGUGCGCGGAGCUGAGCUUGAGGCGGAGGUGGGCAGCCUGCAGGAGCGACUGGCCGGCCUGCGCAGGGAGCUGGGAGAGAGUGAGGAGAGGGAGGCCCUGCUCAGGCUGGAGGCGGAGCGGCUGGGGGCGUCCCUGUGUCGGGCGGAGCAGCAGGAGUCCCAGCUGAGGGAGCGGCUGCAGGGCCUGUCUGCCCAGCUGAGCGAGAGCAGCACCAGCGUCGGGGCCGCCCAGGAGCAGGCCGCCCAGCUGCAGAGGGCCCUGACCGCCAGCGAGCACGACCGCCGCAUGCUGCAGGAGAGGCUGGAUAAGAUGCGGGAGGUGUUGUCCGAGAGCAAGAAGCAGAACCACGUACUGGCGGAACGCGCCCAGAACCGCCAGAGAGCCCAGGAGGACAGCGAGCUGCGUGCUGCUGAGCUUGAGAAGCAGACCCGGGCACUGCAGGAGGCCCUGCGACAGCGGCAGGAGGGGGAGCAGGAGGCCCUGGAGGGCUCCAGGCAGCUCCAGAAGGACAGGGGAGAGCUCCAGGGACGCGUGGCCGGCCUGCAGGCCUCGCUCCGGAGGCUGGAGGCAGAGAAGACUGAGCUGGAGAGAGGGAUGAGCCGCCUGGGCAAAGACAAGGCCUCGCUGAGGAAGACCCUGGAGAAGGUGGGACAUGACAGGAGAAGGCUUGACGAGGAGGCUCUGUCACUGGGCCGUGAGAGAGAACAGCUGGAGCAGACUACACACACCCUCCAGCAGGAGCUCACUGAUGCCCACACACAUACACACACACUACAGGCUCAGCUCUCUCACCUGGAGCACUCCCAGUCUCAGCGGCUGCUGGAGGUGACGGCGCGGCACCGGCAGGAGCUGGACCUGGAGACGGAGCGGCUGCGGGGCUCCCAGCUGCAGGCGGAGAGGGCGCUGGAGGCCCGGGAGAAAGCCCACCGCCAGAGGGUCCGCUGCCUGGAGGAGCAGGUGUGCACGCUGAAGGAGCAGCUGGAGCUGGAGAUGAGGAGGCGGCAGGCCUACGUCAGCCAGCUGCUGCGACCCGGGGCCUGA